UGGAAUAAAAUAACAUUACACGUCUUAAUAAAGUAAUUAUACUAUCAGUGCCAGCAUAACGCUAGAUUAAGGCGGUUGUUGCGUUUAAUCAAAUAAUUAACCUAUAAAUUCCGAAAUGGCCUUAUCGAAACCGAUCAUGAAUUUGGUGGCAUCAUACUUGCAAAAUCUGUAUUUGAAUCCUAUUAAAACAAAAGCAAUCACAAGCUGUGUUGUGGGAUCAGCAGCUAGCAUUGUGUCACAAGUUGUAGCCGGAGACUGCGUCAGACUCGAUCCAGUCUUAGCUUUUGGAUUAUAUGGGUUAUUAUUUGGUGGUACAAUCCCCCACUAUUUCUACAACAUAGCAGAGAGACUGUUUCCCGAAGAAGUAGUGGCCUUCCCUCUAGUGAAGAAGCUAUUAUUUGAAAGGCUGGUAUUUGCUCCCUUCAUGCAGGCCUUCUCGCUCUACACGUUGGCCAGGUUUGAGGGCAAGAAUCACUCCGCUGCCGUUAAACAGCUGUAUGCGUUGUACUCAACGGUUUUGGAAGCCAAUUGGAAAUGGUUGACACUGUUCCAAGUUAUCAAUUUGGCAUUUGUGCCUCCAAUGCUGCGAGUACUGUUCAUGAAUUUAGUUGGUUUCGGCUGGGCAAUGUUCCUGGCUACAAAGAGACGCCAACAGAAGGAGGAACGGAAGGAGUAAUAAACUAGUAAUGUUACUAUAUGGUGGGGGGCUUUAAGCGAUGGCAUCAAAUGUCUAUGCCUUAUUAUUUUAAAGAUAGUUAAGGCUGUUGAUGACUUUUACACAUUGUGGGACCAUGUUAUUGUUAAUAGGUGUAUUUUCUAAAUUGCUAGCAAUUCUAGAAAAUCAAACAGGCCAACUAAGGUAACUAGCUCUAGGUCACAAGUUUUAUUUUUAUGCUAAGCAAUUGGUUUACAAACUUAUUAGGCCUUUGGUUGUUAAGUGAUAAAACAAAUAAAUGUCAGACAAUCAAUUACAGUGAAAUCUCGAUGAUCCGGCACUUCGAUGGUCGCAUAUCCAGUAAUCCGGCUCUUAUAAUUGGGGUACAAAUGAUAUUCUGUCCUAAUUUACUAUGUGCGCUUACAUUAUAGCACUUCAAUUCAUUAAUGGCUCUGUGCCAGAUAACAGUAGAACAACUUCUGCUGCUGACUGUACAUAAAUAGUUAAGAAAAUAAUUAUCAUGCUUUUUAUCAGAAAUCCUAUCUUCUUUAUCAUGUUAGAACAUAAGUUUAAAAGUUUAUGAAUGUUACUAUUUUUCUACUCUUUUUAAAAUAAAAACAUGUCAUGAUAAAAAUGUUGACACUUACAGGGAUUUUUAUAUUGAUGUAAAAUAUUAGUUAAGAGCCCAUUAACGUGCUCACUAGCGCUACUGCCAAAUAAUACUAGAUCUGGUUCAAACCAAUUUUUGGUGGAAGUUUGCAUGGUAAUACAUCAUAUAUUUUUGUUAGUUUUAUCAUUCUUUCAUUUUAGAAGUUAGAGGGGGGGGAGGGGGGGGGAGGACACACAUUUUACCACUUUGGAAGUGUCUCUCGUGUAAACUAUUCAGUUUAGAAAAAAAUUAUAUUAGAAACCUCAAUAUAGUUUUUGAAGACCUAUCCAUGGAUACCCCACACGUAUGGGUUUGAUGAAAAAAAAAAAAACAUAUUCCUCCAAGUUUCAUAUUAAGAGAAUAUCCCCUGAAAGGGUAUAAGCGCUAAAUCUGGAUUCAGCUAUUAUUUUCUAUAACAAGAUGUAUUUUUUCCGCAAAGAUAUCUAGGAGACUGUUUCGUGUAGAAUUUAAUAAGCUUUAAUGUUGCCUUACACCAUAUUUUCAUAGAGAACGUAUAUUUAGAGUAAAACGCAAAUUUCUCCAGGAUGGUACACAUUUUCCAAGAUGGCUGCGAUUCCUCGAGGUCCCCAAAUGUCAAAUAGUGUGGACAUGAAAAAGAGACCUUUAAUUAACAUAAAUACCAAAUUUCAUAACUUUGGAAGGAUUUCGAGGUGAGACCUAAUCCGGCUGUACUAAUGGGGAACCCCCAAAAUGUAUUGCUUUUUUUUCUAUUUUUGAGUGAAAAUCUUAAUGCGGUUCACAGAAUACAUCUACUUACCAAGUUUCAACAGUAUAGUUCUUAUAGUUUCGGAAAAAAGUGGUUGUGACAUACGGACGGACAGACAGACAGACUGACAUGACGAAUCCAUAAGGGUUCCGUUUUUGCCAUUUGGCUACGGAACCCUAAAAAGGGGGCCGCUACGUACUGUAUUUUGUAUUUAAGUACCUUUUGAAUACAUUAUAAUAGUUUUUACGUUGCUGGAUUCGUCAAUCUAUGCGUCCAAAGUUAAAACGGCCGUUUUCGUUGUGAGUUCAUAGAUCGACGAAUCCAGCAACAUAAAAACUAGUUUGAUGUAUUCAAAAGGUACUUAAAUACAAAAUACAGUACGAAGCGGCCCACUUUCUAAUAGAGCUAUCGUUAAAUUUAAAUAAUCACAAUUAUUUAGCAGUGGCGCUAGUGACCACGUUAAUCGGCUUCUUAAAUGAAGUGUUUGUCGUCCAUAAGAGGAACUAGUGAAUUUAUAAAGCUUUGUCACUCAAAUAACUUCUUUUUAAAAUUUAUUUUUUGGCAUAAGCCACUUAGUAUUGACCAUUCCAUUUGACUAAUGUUACUAGUGCUAGGUAUAUACUUUUAUUGUUGCUAUUGCCAUCUAGCAACUCUAGUAUGUAUAUACUUAUGGAAUAUGUUUUUUGCUGUUAUUUCUAGUGAUGUGAUGUGAGGGAACAAUUUCGUACUUAAGAAUUAGGAAGCUAAGAAAUGUUAUAAAUGUUAUAAUAAUGAAACAAAUGGCUAAAUGGAAUGUAUUUAUUUGACAACAGCAAUUGGAUCCAUUAUAUUUUUAUAUGUAUUUGUCUACCCACUUAUUUGAGAAAUUGUUUCAACUUAUAUUACGGGGGCUGGUAAUACCUACUCUUUAUUUAUGGUGCAUUUGAUGAGAUUCGUUAUGAUCAAAUACUUAUAUUUUUUUUAUUUAUUAUCGUGUAUAUCAUACAAUGUAUAUUUUGUUAUAAUA